AAUUGUGUGGAGGGACGUUUGUUCUUUCAAGGUUAUACGUCGUAACACACACAAUGAUGGGAUUUAAUUGUCGUUCUCUUAUCUUUUCGCGCUCCGUGAUGCAUUUCAAUCCGAUUAUAGAAAAUAAUCCUCGUUGUCUUUACCAUAUGCGAGUCAAGGUAGCCAAUCCAGUUGUUGAUUUAGAUGGAGAUGAAAUGACCCGUAUAAUUUGGGAAAAAAUUAAAUCCACUGUAAUUAAAUGAUAUGUUCCUACUAAUACAACAGCUUAUAUUCCCCUUUGUGGAUGUCGAGUGUAAAUACUACGAUUUAGGUCUUACCAAUCGUGACCAAACGAAUGAUCAAGUUACAAUUGAUGCAGCACACGCUAUUAAAAAAUAUAAUGUGGGAAUUAAGUGUGCAACUAUCACUCCUGAUGAACAGCGCGUUAAAGAGUUCAAUUUAAAAAAGAUGUGGUUAUCUCCAAAUGGUACCAUUCGUAAUAUACUUGGUGGCACUGUUUUCCGUGAACCAAUUUUGUGUAAAAAUGUUCCUCGACUUGUUCCUGGAUGGACGAAACCUAUUGUCAUUGGACGUCAUGCACAUGGAGACCAAUACAAAGCAUCCGAUGUUGUUAUUAAAGAACCAGGUCUAAUGGAACUUGUAUUUACACCGAAAUCGAAAGGAGGAUCAGUGGAACGUAUUAAAGUAUUUGAAUUCACUGGUGGCGGAGUUGGCCUAGCUAUGUACAAUACUGAUGAAAGUAUUCGUGGUUUUGCACGUAGCUGUUUUGAAUAUGCUUUGAGUAAAAAAUGGCCUUUAUAUUUGAGUACUAAAAAUACAAUAUUGAAACGAUAUGAUGGAAGAUUUAAAGAUAUAUUUCAAGAGAUAUAUGAACAGGACUAUCAAAAAGAGUAUGAAGCUGCUAACAUUUGGUAUGAGCAUAGAUUAAUUGAUGAUAUGGUGGCACAAGCUUUAAAAUCCGAUGGUGGUUUCGUUUGGGCGUGUAAAAACUAUGAUGGUGAUGUACAAAGUGAUGUUGUUGCUCAAGGUUAUGGUUCACUAGGCCUCAUGACAUCUGUACUAAUGUGUCCUGAUGGGAAAACGAUAGAAGCUGAAGCAGCGCACGGGACAGUUACACGUCAUUAUAGAGAACAUCAAAAAGGCCGGCCGACCAGUACAAAUCCAAUUGCUAGUAUAUUUGCAUGGACUAGAGGUCUUGAACACAGAGGGAAAUUAGAUGGAAAUCCUCAAUUGAUUAGGUUCUGUCAUAGUUUAGAAAAAGCCUGUGUGGAUACCGUGGAAUCAGGUAAAAUGACCAAAGAUUUAGCUAUCUGUAUUCAUGGAUCUAAAAAUGUGAAACCGGAACACUAUCUCACAACUAUGGACUUUUUGGAGGCAAUUGUUGGUCAACUUAAACAGAUGUAAUCUGGUAUCAUUCUUAUCAAUCAGCACUCCGUUUAUGUGUGUAUAUGUCAAUGUCAAGGAUCGUCUGUUUCAUACUGAUUUUGUAAUUAAUGGUUACCUUGAGUGGAGUUUAAAAGUGGUUUUGUGUGCACAUGUGUUUUCUACUGAAUUCUUGCACUGUUAUCAUAAUAAAAAAUAAU